GGCUCCUAUGGCGGCGGCGGAGCCGGAAGCGACCGGCCUCUAUGGAGGCGCCGGCGGCCUGUCCACAGGUCGGAAGCUGGCGCCUUGGUCGAGCUGGGCAGAGUGGCGAUUCGUGCGCGACGGCCUCUUCUCCCCCUACCCCGCCGCCGCUCAUCGCAGGAUUGCAGCGUGGCGGAGCAGGGGCUCCCUACCGAUACCCGUGGACGUCACCGCUGCCUUCGUUGAGAUCCGGCUGCGGGAUCCCUUCUUCAGGAGCGGAUUGGCUGGGGAUGACGCGCUGGAGUCCGAGGAGAUUCUUGCGAUGCUGUAUAGUAUGGCAAUAAUGAGGCUCGUAAAUGGUUUCGUGGAGAAUCCACACAAGAAAACUGGCCGUUCAAUAUCUGAACUAGCCGAGGCCGUUGGAAUACCACGAGUUCUGGUCGACAUUCGUCAUGAGAGUUCCCAUCGCAAUCUUCCAUCUCUGCGACUGUUACGCUUGGCAAGCAUUAAGGCAUUUGAUUGGUUGAAGUGCAUCUACUGGGAUCGCCAGACCAAUGCAAUUCCUGAUGCUCAAGUAGAACUGAGGUUGAGACUGCAUGAGAUUGCUCGCUUUCUGAAGGGGAAUGAUUCAAAAGAAUCAAAAUCAGGUUCCAAAAGGAAACGUUCUGAGAAACUGAUUUCCAAAACCAUGAAGUAUACUCGACGACUAUACUAUGCUUGUCCCUCUGAGGUUGUCUCUGUUCUGUUGGAUCUUUUGCAACUAGAUGCUCCUGAGUCCUUUGAAAGCAGUGACAUGCAACAAACUGAUAGUUUGGCUGUUAACCACUCAUCCGAUGAUCAAAUAUUGAAUAGCGAUAUGAAAACUAUCAUAAUGAAACUGUCAGAGAAAGAACCAAGAUUGCUGCUUGGCAUACUAAAGUCAGUAAUUGAAGUUAUCGAGACCAAGGAAGAACUCACAAACAAAGGUGAAUCGUAUGAGCCAUCUAAAGUGAAAAGAUUAUGCUCCUUGGUUCUAUGGCUUGUCAAAAAUAUAAAAGAACUGAAAGGUUCAGGCUACAUUGGACUUGUCCACGAGAUAGGAGUAUUGUCUUCAGACAAGAAUGCAGUCCCUCGUUUUUGCCUUGCAAAGCUUCUGCAGAAGUUACUGAAUUUAUCCACUAUAGGUGAAAGAUGUAUCAUAGAUGCAGCACUGCUGUUGAUUGAGAUGGUCAACAAUAAUAAUGUGAAGGAGAAAUUGAGGAAGCUUCCUGUGUUAUCUCUUGAAAGCUUGGCUAAAGUUUCUUCCCUCCCUGAAUCAAGAACCAUAUGCAACGAACAAGAAUCUGUUGAAAAGGUAACAGGGACCCUGGAAAUGUUCAAGUUGCAGUUGAAGAGGCAGAAGAAUGCAUGUUUAGCGGAAAAUAGCGCUGAAGGAUCGUUCAACACAAGCACAGCAGAUAAAUAUAACAGAUGGUCUAUAACAAGGUCAUGGACCCCCUGUCCAAUAGGAAUGGUACCCUGUUCAUUUAGUUCAACUGCUGUUCUUCCUGCCUUUGAUGUCGUCAAUCAUGCACUGGAGGAUGCCACAUUAGGACAGCAUGGACAUUUUGAGGAGGAUCAUUCGGAAAGGUUUGACUCUCACCCUGAGGAGUUGGAAGAUGAAAGCAUUCUGGAAAUAUCAAGAUCAUCACUGGAAGAUGAGAUUUCAGAUAUGACAGAAUUGACCUUUCCUUUGAAGGGUAGAUUAAUGGUUGGUGGUGUGUGGAAAAAGGUGACCCAAGAGGAGUUGCUCUUUAUAAAAUGAAAGAUAAUUUUUGUUGUUGUAAUCAUCUAGUUCGAUUUUCCCCUCAAUAGUCGAUGGUUUUGAGGCUGUAAACAAGCAAGUGAUAGUGUUGUGUUGUUUUUUUCAUUUUUUCCCCAAAAAGAUAGCAUUGUAUUGGAGUUGAGAAAUCAAUGCCCUUUUAAGUUUUGCUCA